UUCCACUUGGGUCCCAAAAAGAAGUGUCCUGGUCCGUCUUGAUCAUCACCUCCUCUUGUUUGUUUUCUUUGACAUCUUCUCCAACCAAAUUAAAUUAAACACCAUGGAGGAAGUCUGGAAAGACAUGACCACUCUCUCUUCUUCUUCUAAAGAAGAAUCUCACGUCGCCGCCAACUCCUUUACCUUCCAAGACUUCCUCGGCCGCCCCUUCUGUCCGCCGACUACCCUCAAUCAUGUCGUUUCUUCCCUCGACGACGAUCACUUAUUGCCUUCUUCCACCACUUUGCCCCGGCCGCCGCCGUCGGCGGCGGCCACGCUAAUGGGGAAGAAGAGAUUCCCGGAUCAAAAUGAUGGUAAUCCAACCGAUGAUCGUCGGCAUAAGAGAAUGAUCAAGAACAGAGAAUCAGCAGCCAGAUCCAGGGCCAGAAAACAGGCUUACACGAAUGAGCUUGAGCAGGAAAUAGCCAAUCUCACCAAAGAAAACGCCAUGCUCAAAUUACAGUUAUGUAUAGAAUUAGCGGGCGCUGAAGCACCGAAAAAGAACACUCUUCAACGAACGUCAACAGCACCAUUUUGAACUUAAAUUUAGAGAUCAAAUGUUUUGUGGAAUGUUUGUGAGACCACCCCACGUUAUCAUGAUGAUGAUGAUGAUGAUUCGAUUGGAAAGAAAGAUGAAGAUAAGGGAUCGUGAAAUUAAAAGAUGUACUGCUUUUUCUUUCUCUUUAUCUAUAUAUAUCUAAUUAUAUUUCUUUUUGUGCUUUCUUAAGAAUAUGGAACCCCUUGUCGGUGGAUUUAU